CAAGUCGGUAGCCAUUUUGGUUCAGGGCCGCUUCGCUCAACCACGAGUGCUCCAGGGAUUCUUUUCUCAAGCGAUUUUGGGGUGGACCUUCCACGCUGGAGCUCACCACAUGCCUCGAUGAAGGGCGGCCGAGUCAGGGGCAGCGCUGGAGGCAGCAUAGCAGUACACUGUUUACCGCCAUGUUGAAGAGUGCACACUGUGCACACAUCAUAGGCUGUCUUCGCAUCUUUCAAGCAUCACGGCUGCACUGCUCGCGCACAGUCGCGGAUUAUCCUACGCAGCGCGGUCUUUGUUCCGAUGGGGUUCCUGCGGUGAGCUCUCGCGGUCGGAUAAAGUCUAGAUCUGGGAAGAUAUCGUAUGGCUAUAUCGCAGCAGAUGGAUAUUGUGUGACUGCGGUCGGGGGAAAGAUGGCCCUGGUUCAUCGCUUGGUGGCCCGUGCAUUCCAUGGCCCACCACCCACAAUCCAACACUGCGAUGUGCACCACAUUGACGGCGUUCGCAGCAACAACGACUUGCAAAAUUUGGAGUAUGCGACCCGCAGCCAGAAUAUUUGGUUCUCCUGGCGGAACAACCCCAAUCGGGGCAGUUCUGCAAGUGCUCUUUCAAUGCCAGUUAGGGGUAGACCACUUGGAGUUGAAAUGUGGCGCCAUUUCAAGUCCAUGCGAGAAGCAGAGCGGAUGACAGGAGCGCCCAACGUUGGACUUUGUUGCGCUGGGGCGUGCAGGCAAUCUGGAGGUUGGGAGUUCCAGCGCGUUGAGUCCACUGGUAUCCACGCCCUACAGGGAGAGCAGUGGGCAGACGCGCUUCAUCCAGACACUGGAGUUCUUCUGCUGGGUUGGGAGAUCAGCUCAUUCGGGCGAGUACGUUCAUCGCGUGGCCACGUCUCUUGGGGCACUUUGUCUGCAUCCGGUUACCGUUCCGUCGGGGUUUCAGUAGAGGGCCACACGAAACGAUUGAUGGUCCAUCGAAUUGUCGCGCGCUCGUUCCUGAAACCAGGGCCCCCCUUAGGCAACUGGGUAGUCAAUCAUAAAGACGGUGACCCGAACAAUAAUCGUAUGGAUAAUUUAGAGUAUGCGACGCAUUCCGAGAACUUACUCCAUUCGUAUAUGACCAAUCGGAGACGGCGGAGCAACCGCGAUGCGCUUGCAAAGCCUAUCUGGGGGCGACCGGUUGGAGGUGAAUUUUGGCAGAGGUAUUCUUCCGGAGUGGACGCUGCCAAGCUUUUGGGUCUCUCGCCAAGUGCAAUUUCAAGUUGUUGUAGGGGCCAGUGCCUCCAAACAAAAGGAUUCGAAUUUAAGUUUGCAGCUCCAGCUAUCCCUGAUGUGCUCGAGGGCGAGGAGUAGAGAGUCCUACCAUCGGCGUGCUAGCCAAGACACCAUCGGGGCUUUAGUGUGUGACGA